AUGAGCAGUAUAGCUAUCAAUCAGGAACAGCAGUCAGAGAGCAACGGCUCUCAGGGAGCAUCAUUUCUGAGCCUCCCGUUGGAGAUCCGUGACCACAUCUAUGCUCUUCUUUUCGACGGCCUCGUCGUCUCUCCAGUAGUAGAGGCAUCUGAUGAUAAUGAAAUACCACCUUAUAGUCUGUCAUCAACAUCCGAACCGGCCAUUCCCAUAUCGUCUCUGCUCCUGCCGUACGACGCGGUAGAGUCUUCUGUCAACGAAAUAUCAUCUCACAGUCAGUGGCCAACAUCCGAACCAGCAAUUCCCAUAUGGUCUCUGCUCCAGCCAUACGAUGCAGCAGAGCCUUCUGUCAACGGAAUAUCACCUCACAAUCAGUCGUCAACAUCCGAACCAGCCAUUCCCAUAUGGUCUCUGCUCCAGCCGCCCGAUGCAAGAGAGUCUUCUGUCAGCGAAAUAUCAUCUCACAGUCAGCCGCCAGCCGAAGCAGACUCAUCCGCCGAUACAAAGUCUUCCGUGAAAGUUGAGAAUGAUCCGAUCCCACUCUUGGAUGCGCUCAGCAUCUUCCUAGUCUGUCGCCAAGUCUAUGCCGAGGCUCAGGGCACGUUUUUCCGUUUUGCAACCUUCAGCCUUGAAACGUACGGACAACACGAGCUCUUCACCCAAGAGCGCAUGCUUCCGAAUUUGCAACGUGUCCAACGUCUACGUAUCUCCUUUGGCUUGUUAGACGAAUGGACAACCGACGAACUCGACGAGCGGACACCUACUCUCGCCGAAUUCGAGAUUCGCGACAUCACAGCUCGUCUGGGGCACCGAGACCUUGCUGGUCUGGACGAAUUAUACCAACAGAGCCUCCCUGGCCCUAAUUUUCGGCCUCCAAGUCGUCUAGCAGAGCAUUGGCUGAAAUACUGUGCAAUGAUCGUGUUGGGGUGCGUGAGGAUGCCACAUCAUCUGAUCCCCGAACACAUGGACGAAAUUGGCGAACGAGGGACCCUGAUCUUGUGUUUUCAACCACGCUGUGUGUUUGACCUUCCACCCGAGGACCACCUCCCAAUGUUUAGUCUCGCUGAGCACUCUUUUGGAGACUUGGUGUAUUCCCAUUCCAAAGGACAAACGACGUUCGUAAGAUACGCCGUGCAUGAGGAGCCUUCUGUCUGUGUAGCCGGUGGACUCUGAAUUGGCUCCCGAUAUGAUUGCGCUGUGUCCAUCUGAUGCCGGGGGGUAAGAUGAGAAGGUGGUAAUUGAUGAUCUGAGAUCUCACAGACACGCAGAUCCUGAGAAGGUGGUAAUUGAUGAUCUGAGAUCUCACAGACACGCAGAUCCUGAGAAGGUGUCUCGACUGAAAAGUGCAUUGAGUAUUUCUAUUACGGAUUAUUCGAGGACUCUGAAAUAGGCAAGGAGCUGGGGGGG